AUGAUUGUGGACUUCAGGAAGAGCACUGUCCCCCCGCCCCCACCCUCCGUGAUGGACUCCCCCAUCACCUCUGUGGAGUCCUUCCGUUUCCUGGGCACCACCAUCACCCAGGACCUCAAGUGGGAGCCGACCAUCAGCUCCCUCAUCAAGAAGGCCCAGCAGAGGAUGUACUUCCUGCGGCAGCUCAGGAAAGCCAAGCUGCCUGCACAGAUGUUGGUGCAGUUCUACACGGCCAUCAUCGAGUCCAUCCUCACCUCCUCCAUCACCGUGUGGUUCGCUGGAGCCACAGUCAGGGACAAACGGAGACUACAGCGCAUUGUGCGCUCUGCAGAGGAAGUGAUCGGCCGCAGCCUUCCAUCGCUGCAGGACCUAAUCAUCCAAACAAUUCCCUCCAAAGAAGAAAAGAGAGGAACUCAGCAGCAGCACCAAGAAACCAGCUGUUUCCAUGGUCCACUGGAGGUCUGUGGAGGAGUGUGGAGGUCUGUGGAGGCCUGGGGAGGAGUGUGGAGGAGUGUGGAGGAGUGUGGAGGCCUGGGGAGGAGUGUGGAGGCCUGUGGAGGAGUGUGGAGGUCUGUGGAGGCCUGGGGAGGAGUGUGGAGGAGUGUGGAGGUCUGUGGAGGCCUGGGGAGGAGUGUGGAGGCCUGGGGAGGAGUGUGGAGGCCUGUGGAGGCCUGGGGAGGAGUGUGCACCAGAGCAGCUCAAUCUUCUGGGUUUGAGAUCCUCCAGAGAGAUUACAGUCUCUCCUAA